GGGCAGUUCUCUUAAGUGACCCAGACUUGGAACCCAACGAGUUAAUGGGAAGCAUGGAGAAAAGCUCCAUAAUCGCCUGCUGCCCCUACAUGCUUUCUAUGGGGGUACACGUCCUGGGCUGUCUCUGGCCCCCAGUGCCUACCAGUGCACAUCAAUGCCACAUAUCAGUGCCCAUCUGAGCUGCCUUUCAGUGUCACCUAUCAGUGCCAGUCAGUGCCACCUAUCAGUACUGCCCAUCAGUGCCGGUCAGUGGCACCUAUCAGUGCCAGUCAGAGCCGCCUAUCAGUGCCCGUCAGUGCUGCCUAUCAGUGCCAGUCAGUGCCGACUAUCAGUGCCACCUAUCAAUGCCACCUAUCAGUGCCAUAUAUGAGUGCUGCCUUUCAGUACCCAUCAGUGAUGCCUGUCA